UCAAAAACAACACUAAUGGAUUAAAAAAACAUAUACUUAAUAAUUACUGCCCCACAUCUGAAGAUAAGAAGCUGUCAGAGGUUGGGUUGAACUGAUGAACUGGAUUUGUCCUCUCUUCCCUCCCUCUUCGCCCUCAUCCUCAUUUUCAUUGGUUCUUUCCGAGUUGCGUAGAUCUGGAGAUUUGCCGGAGUUCCAAAACUCAACCCUCCCCGUUUUAAGUCAACAAAUGUUUUGGCAAGCAUUGUUGUGCCUGUGAACAAUGAGAGGCCAACGUGAAGCAUCAGAUUUUCUCCCUCCGCACCCCCUGGUUCCCCCGCCGAGCUUUACUGAAAGGAGUCAUUGUCCCUGACCUGGAUUGAAAACCCUGUGCUGUACUUUUCCUUUCAGGUCUUAACUUUGUGACGUGCACGCUCUUCGACACAUGAAUCUUCACAAGCCAAAAACGUAGCUAAAGUCUUGUUGCAGCAUCUACAAAAAGUUGUUCUGACACAUGAACAUAAUCUAUUUCAGUGCUGACUGGUGUGUCGAAAUCUCCGAUUCCAGGCCCUUUUACUGUGCUGGCCACCCUGCAGAGCCCCACCCCUCUACCUCUGCUGCCCUCCUCCUCUUUCCAGCUCUAGCUACUGACCAUCACUCUGCAUGGAGACCAGUCAAAGUAGUUUGUUGUGUUGCUGGUGAUAGGUUUAACUGCGGGAACCUGCUCCUCUGUCUCUGGUCCAGUCUAUAAUAACAUCCAUUACCUGGGAAGCGUUUUGAGCUGUUUUCUGCGACUUAAAGGUCCAAACAACCUGAAGCCGUGGCUCUGUUUCAAGAGACCGCUAAGGCAGCCACCCUGCCGUCCCGUUCCUGUGGAAGUACUCCAGGAACUGGUCGAAUGCAGAGACGUACAGGCACGUGUAGGAUGGAGGACUGCAGUUUUGACAGCUUUGAGCUGCUCUUCAGUGGAGCGGUGGAUAAGCUCAAAAGCCAUAAAAGUAACCUCAACCUCAAGGAGGAGCUGAGGAAACUGCGUGAAGAGACCAAUGUGGACUUGUUGCGGCAGGAGCUGGAACGAGAGCGGAGCAAACGGAUGGAACUGGAGCAGAAGAUGAAUGAGGCGCUCAGAACCAGACUGGAGGAUUCUCCACCACAGCCCCCCCGAAAACAGCAGUCACCCUCCAACCACGGAACAGAGAAACAGCAGAAGGAAGUCUGGAGUUCUCGCCUGCAGAAGUGGCUCUACGAGCGUUUCGGGGAUUACAUCGAAGACUUCCGCUUCCAGCCGGAGGAGAGCACCGUGGAGGCAGAGGAGCCGCUAAGUGCUAAAAGGUUGACGGAGAACAUGAGGCGACUCAAGCGAGGAGCCAGGCCCGUCACCAACUUCUUAAGGAACCUCUCGGCCUUAUCCAACUGGCACUCUGUCUACACCUCAGCUAUUGCCUUCAUAAUCUACAUGAACGCUGCUUGGCAUGGCUGGGCCGUUCCCAUGUUCCUCUUCCUGGCCAUCCUGCGUUUGUCCUUAAAUUACCUCAUCGCCAGAGGUUGGAGGAUCCAGUGGAGUAUUGUGCCUGAGGUUUCUGAGCCCAUGGAACCUCCAAAGGAAGACUUGACUGUGUCUGAAAAGUUCCAGCUGGUGCUUGAUGUGGCUCAGAAAGCUCAGAACCUUUUUGGUAAGAUGGCGGAUGUGUUGGAGAAGAUUAAGAACUUGUUCAUGUGGGUGCAGCCUGAAAGCACCCGCAAACUUUACAUCGGCAUGUGGGUGGCUUUCAUCUCCUCCUGCGUCCUGCCGUUCAAGCUAGUGGGCUUCAUGAUGGGUGUGUACGCUGGUAUCAAGUUCUUCAUCAUAGACUUCCUGUUUAAGAGCUGCCCAAAGCUUCGGGACAAGUACGACACCCCAUACAUCGUGUGGAACAGCCUGCCCACAGACCCCCAGCUCAAAGAGAGGACCAACGCCACCGUGUCACGGCGGGUUCAGCCGGUGGUAUCUCGGGGCAGCCUGGCCACCAUCCCGAGUGGCAUGAGUCGAGAGGAAGAGACUGGUCGCUCUCACAGCACGAAGAAGGGGGCCUUCCAUGAGAUCUUCAGCCUGUCUGAGUCAGAGCGCCCUCUGGCGGUGUGUGAGAACGGCUGGAGGUGUUGUCUGAUAAACAGAGACCGAAAGAUGCCCACAGAUUACAUCAGGAACGGAGUUCUCUACGUCACAGAGAAUUACCUGUGCUUUGAGAGCUCCAGCUCCAAAUCCAGCUCCUCCAAGAAAAACAAAGUCAUCAAGCUGGUGGACAUCACCGACAUCCAGAAGUACAAGGUGUUGUCAGUGCUGCCAGGAAGUGGGAUGGGCAUCUCUAUAGCCACGCCCUCUACUCAGAAGCCGCUGGUGUUCGGCGCCAUGAUGCACAGAGACGAGGCAUUCGAGGCCAUCUUCACUCAGUACAUGAAGAUCCUGACCACCUCCAAACCUCCAGCCAGCACAGAGCUCUAGACUGCCUGCUCUCCUCCACCGCGGGGCUUCAGACCCAGGCAGAGAGCCUUCUCUACAGCCUCCUUUCUCCUCGUCGCAUCAGGGAUCCUAAAAGAAGUCCCGGGCUUUGGCGGGCGGAUUUGGCGUUUAUGCUGGAUGGGAUCUGAGUGGAGGACCGGGAAUAGUAGUCUGUAUCAGUCAGAGGACUAGCGAGGAGCCGGCUCUCCUCUCAAACCUCACAGACCAACAGACUCACUCGCUUUACUCGUCUCUGUGUUAGCAUGUGUGAGUGUGUGUUAAGUGGCUCAGUUGUCCUCUGUUUUUGAUUUUGGUCACUGGAGUGAUGCCCACUGUGGUAGGGAGACUAAAACCCUCACAUCUGUUAGUUUCAGCUUCAGAACCUGCAGCAGUCGGUAAACUGGUGCCUCCUGGCAUAGCUCAUCACAAUAAUCAGUGUACCCGUCUGAGUGUGUUGUGUUUUUAGCUGUGAAAAUGUCCGACACACGACAGGCAGCCCUUUUCUUACCAUGUGCUUUUUUAAAAUACCUUUCAGCAGCAGCUGUCGGCUGCCAAGCAGACAAUGCUGAAACCUCUGCUAAUGUGUGUGUUGGUGUUGAUUCCUGAAACGUGACAAAUCUUUAGCCUGCUUUCGUUUGGAAACUUCUUUAGCCACCAGGUGGAGAGCACAACACAGACUGCCUACUCAUGGCACAGAUAGGAACCACAUCUCCUCGUGUGUAUUUUUUUUUACAUGACUGGUAUUCUUCCUGCAAUUUACCAGAACGUUAACACCCUCAGCUGUUCUACGUUGUCUUUGGGUGAAGUUCUGCUAAAUUAGCCCAAAAAGCCCUCAAACGUCUCAUGUUGAAGGAGGAAACGUGAUCCCUACAGCUGUGGGAGGCUUCUCACACAUCCAGAUCGGUCAGUAUUCAGGAGUUGGAUGUAUAAGCCUGCUAACAAAGGCCGCCUCUGAUUGCACUUGUGUAAUAGCUCAUCUGUUUGGGUUCAUCUAAUCAGGAUUUAAUUAGCCGGAUUCCAUUUUUAAGCCUAGAAACGAUGAUGCUAAGCUACUGUUGUUAGUGACUGCUCUUGUACGGGAUACAGAUUUAGACUCUGUUUUUAAACGCCCUUCCCAAGAGCAGAGCUGGUCUUUGCUCUUGCAGGAUUUCAUGCCAAACUCCAUCAGUUUUAGAGAUGAGUGCAAUCCAGAAGUGGAGGUUUCUUUGGUUUUCCUCCACAGCAGCACAGGGUUUAGCUUCCUCAUCCAUCCGUCAGAUGAGAAACCUGAACGUUUAAAACGGGAACAACGAUGUCUGAUCCUCCAUGGGAGCAGAGAAUCGUAAUUAACUGCCCUUCAGAACUGCCCUCACUCCUAAAACGUCGAGGUUCCUCUAGCUGGAUAUGAAGCUGGUAAACGGCUGACCGGCUCAGGCGGAUGUUUGCUUUCCGUUUGGCUGCCUUCCUGGUGUCGUAUUUAUUUUUCUUUUAGGGAUGAACUCUUCCGUCCUCUCGCUGCGAUCAGACGGCUCGCCCUCGUUUAAAAACGUUUGCCUUUUCUGGAAUCGAUCACUGAGAACUCUCGGUUGGUGUUCUGGAGCGGAACCGAGCUGUUCUCACGUAAAGCACAGAAUGUUGAGCUGUUUUUGUUUUUCUUCUGCCAAAACUGUUCUGCCUACACUCAUGUUUACAGAAGAGAAAAUGUAUUAUUGUCUUAGAGCGGGUCUAGUUUGAAUUCCUUUGGUUUGGAGUAAUGAGGACUGGACUGCUUUCGCCCUUAUUGGUUCUGCUACCCUCACAUGACCCACGCAGCAGUAUUUAAAGCCUCUGAUAGCAUUUACACUGUCCUGUUCAGCCUUUCUUAAGUUUAAAAAUGGCAAUUUUUCAGUUUUAUUGUUUUUCCAUCAAUCUGAACAAUAUUUAGUAAUCGGUUUCUAAAAUCAUCAGGAAAUCAUGAUAAUCUGAUCUUGUGUGUCAGCGUUUGUGUUCCACCUCCAGGGCUCCCUCUGCUCAGAAAUCUCCCAGCUCAUGGUCCGAACACAAGCCCUAACUCCAGAUGAAGAUUAAAACAGAAAUCAGAGUUGGUGAAAGUCUGCAGAGUCGUUUAACAUGUUCCUUUUUCAUUGUUCUUUUUAAGGUUUAAAAUGUACAGAGAGAAAAAACUCUGGGUUUUUAAACAAAAACAUGUCCAUUGUAAAAGAAUGUGAUGUACAUUUUUUUCAUUUAAGUAAAUGAGUUUUAAGACA